UGAACGAAAAGUCUAGCUCUGUCCUUGUCUAAAAAGGUGUCAGAUUUAGAGAAAACGUUAAUAUCAUUCAUACGUUCUCCACGCAUUCACCUACAAAUACAAACUACUACCAGAAUGUGUCCAACUUGAAAUCGUUUAACUUUAUUUUAAUCAUUUUUCGCUAUGCAUGAUAAUAUUGAUAUAAACCGAGGUGGUUAUAUCCGGUGAACUAUCCUGUACAUUAUCCAUCCAACGCGUAACGUGGAUGUUGCUCCAAAAUGGACGUCUGCGAAGGGUUAAUUAUCAGUCGAUUCUUCAAGCGCUGAUCGAUUUUGCUUGAACGUUAAUAUCAUCUCUCUAUGACGUUCGAUUUUCAACCGAUUUUGAAUCGGCUCGAGGACCACCUCGAGUCCUUCCGAUGAUUGACUCCUUACGGCCUCGCUUCGGAGAGCUCAGGAAUCGGUCGUCAUCCUGCAAUCCUGGAGGAUGCUUCAGUGAAGCUGAACUUUCGCGGAUAUUCCGCCAUCGGUUUUUCCAUCCCUUGUGUGCGCAAGACACGUGUGCGAGUGUGGAACGAUAUUCACUUCUACAACGAACUACUUUAGAAAGAUAUUUGAGGCUUUCACAGCCCAGUCUUCAUAGUUGAUACUAACCGAGGCUCCCGAGAUCUGAGUCGUGUCCUUUGAAUAAGAUACUCCGACGUUUUGUCAGCAUUACGACUACGUUUUAACUCUUUGCACUCGGGAAACGACUCUCGGUCACCGCACAAGUCUGCGUCGCACUAGAGCCCCAAAGGAUUCAAAUGACACCGACAUCGAUACGUAAUUUAAACAUAACAGAAGCGCAUAAAUUUAAACUAAUAAUUGCGUAUAAUUAAAAAGUCAAGAACUGUCCGUUAAUGUUACAGUUAAUUAGAAUCCUUUAGGAGUAUCUUAUUCAAAAGACAUAGCUUGGACUCGAAAGCAUCGGUUAGUAUCGAGCAUACCUUAGAAAGGCUUAUAAAGCGUUGCCGACGAACGUACAAAACGGUGUUCGGGAAACGAUCGAGGUAUUUCAUUCCAAAGUUAUUCUGUGAUGUAAAGUUUAGCUUGAAAGUAAAUUUUCCGGAGUGAACUAUGCUUAGUUAUGUAACUAGAGAUUGAGAUUUAUCGAAAGUUUUUUAUUCGAACGAAAAGAGAAACUGUUAUUAAAAGUCUUCGCGUAGAGUCGAGAAAUUGAUGUAUUAUAAACUGUGCAGAACAAGCAAUCCUACUUCGAUUCUUUUACGAGGAUCCUCCGUUGCGCGAGAGGCGAAGAUCCACCCUGUAAAUACCUGGAUUCGAUAAAACUUCAGAACCAAUUUCCCGUUGCGCCACCUCAGUUGUGCCAAUUUAAUCGUCGGUAAUUUAUGUGCAAAUAUACGUUUAGUCGAAUGUUCUGUGAAAACAACAAAGAAACGAAAAAAAAAAAGCAAGAGGGAGAAAGGUAAAACGUCACCAACGUUUAUGGAACUCUCGAAAGGACAAUGACCGUAUCCCUAAAUCGUAAUUAUCUAUUAAUAAGUUGACGAACUAUAAAAUGAAAAGAAGUAUAGUGAACUCUGUUAAGUAAACGAAAACGCGAAAGAGUUUUAUGGAAUUCGGGGCCAGAGUUAUAUAUAUAUAUAUAGAUACAUGUAGAUUUAUGUGUAAAUAAAUCUCUCUCUUUCUCUUUCUCUCUCUCCCUGAAUAUAUAUAUAUGUAUAUAUAUAUAUAUAUAUUUUUUUUACUACCGAAAAGAAAUUUAUAUGCAAAAUUUCUAUGUUCGUUGUCGAUGGGAUUGUGGCUCACAUUCCUCACCAACAGACCCUAGACUUUCAAGAGAAAAUGAAGAAAAGAUCACCUGUUUAGGGACCGAAGGCGUGCGUACGAUUAGAAACAGGUUUUAAGAUCGUAUUUUUGCAUAAGACUCGAAGCGUAAAAGGGGGGAAAAAAUAAUGUAUGAAUGUCGUUACUACGAGCGAACGAGUAUGCGUACGAUUGCGUGUGUAUGAAUGAGAGAGAGUAGGAGAGACGAAAAGUGGGAUUAAAACUGAAAAAAUGAGAAUUGUAUUAGCGAGCAAGGGAUUUAUAAAUGGAAAACUUUGUACAGUAAUCUGCGGAUGAAUGAAACGAAAUCGGGUCCUCGCCGUUUCAGUUAUCCGGGGAGGGAUGUCUUUUUUUUUAAAUCUCGGAUCGAAGAGCUACGCACAUACCGUCCGUCGAGGAGAGUGAACGGAAUACACCAAGCGUGAGCGAAAUAGAUCAUCAGCGCACCCGUUCUGGACGAAUUAUCCACUGAUGAAAGUUAAUGUUUUUAUAUAUUUUAUUAUAUCUUUGGUAGAGUAUUUGCCAACGGCGUGACGUUUUUCUAGCGGGAAACGAGUUCAAAUACCAUCUCAUUGUCAGUCACGAUUAGUAGCGCACAAGUUUAACACUAAAACUAUCAAAUCAGUCAAUUUGAUCCAUGUACUUUCGUUAAAAAUUACUCAAUUAGCAAUUGGCAAUUUUUUGGUGAUAAUUAGGGGACUAAGAAAGAAAUGGGAAACUAUUUAUAUAUUGAUUAAUUGAUUUAUCUCUUUCCGAUCUAUUAGGUACACUGGAAAGUAAUGUCGUUUGUGCAAUUUUAAAUACUUGUUUAUCACUCAUCAGCUCAUUGAUUCUUAUCGAUAUAGCGUUGAAAAUUUCCACAUUAAAUGGCAAAAGGCUGUGGAUAACGAAGGCGAUUACGUAAUUGAUUAAAAAUAGAAAUUUAUUAAAAAUUUGUUUGAAUUUAAUGUAAAAGAAACGACAUUACUUUCCAGUCUAUCUAAUACCUUAUAAAAUAUUGUAGUAAUUAUAACAGGUUGAUCGUAGGUAGUUUUAGUGUUAACCCCUUAAUCCAUCAUUUACUUUGGGAGCAUACGUGUCGUAGUCGAUGCAAAGUUGCUUGCGCACUUCCAUAUGGCAUAUCUUACUCGUGCAUUUCAAUGACGCAAAGGAAUAAUGAGAGAAGUGCAACUAGAAAUUAAUAAAAACGAAUACUGAUGAUGAAUAAUUACUUGUUGUCCACUUCGUUGAGGAUGUAUCUACAUAAACAUUUUUACAAGACAAGAGAUUAGAGUAACAAUAACGUAAAGAAGGCUAGUUUGGCUAGCCAGGGAGUAGAGCAACACAGAUGAAAAUAUUUCAACUGCGAUCAACUAAAUCAAUUCUGACGAGAAGAUAUAUAACGGUAAAUGUAAAAAUUAUUAUUUUCAUUUUGUGGAUGAAAUUCGAUCUCUCGUGCGCAUCUUAUCGCUCUCGCCUGAGACCGUCUACCGCUCGAGGCAAUGAUUUAUUCGCGUAAUAAGCAUAUAAAUAGCGAUGGUGAUAAGUUCGUUACAGUUAACCGGGGAAAAGUCGUUUCAGUUAUCCGGAAACUACUGUAUUUGGCUAUUUGUACACUGUGAUCUCUGUGAAAUUUUUAUCAUAACGUAUACAGAUACAUAGGAAAACUUUUGUUUCGUGUAUAUAAUUUUCAUGAGAGAAUGAUUUAUAAUAAUUAUAAAUAUAUUAAUAACCUCUCCCUUUGUCGUACACAGCACACACAGUGAGAAAUUCGAUUUCUAAAGACUUAUGUUUUGAUAAUGUAUCGAAAGAAACAUGUAACGUUUAUAUUAUAACAUUUUAGAAUUAUUUAUUGGCAAAGUAGGAACUUGUACAUCAGUUCUCAUACGUUUUAAACAGGCAUUAAAUACUAACGUAAAUUUUGUACUCGUUGCCAAUGAAUAUUUCCAAAAAUACUAUCGUACUAAAGAAAUCUUCAUUUGGAAUGUUACAUAUCCUCGGAAAUAUGUUAUAUAUGUUACACAUGCAUGCGUGCACGUGGAGUUUUAUGGACCAGAGCAGCGCCGAUACCGUUUGCGCAGGACGUUAUCGCUCAAGAUAUUAUUUUCAGUCGGUGUGUGAUUCGUCUGCGCUAUCUCUAAAGGUUCGAUGCUACUAAGAACCCUUUUAUUCCCCAACACUUACAGACUAUCGCCUUUCCGAUUUACCGAUAGAAUUUAUAGCCCAUUUCUUUUUGCACAUUCUGUAUAAAAUAAAACCUGUACAAUUUUAGGAGAAUAUCGAUCGUUUAUCGUGUAACUCAUUGCAAAUGAAUGAGCAAUGUGUAAAUAGAGAUUUAUUUACUUAUUAAGCUAAUCUCUAGUGUCAAUUUAUUAUCCCCAUCAAAAAUAACAAGGUAACAGAAAUACUGAUAAACCUCCAUUGUGUGAAUAUUCUAUUCUAUUAUAUGAACCGUAUAUUUUCUAUCAGAAUAUUAUAUGUGCAUGCCCGUAAUUAGAAUGCAUACAAAAUUAAAUUUCAACACUGCUGUAAUGUGAUAACAAAUGCCAGGUUGAAGAUAAAAGACGAGACACCGAAGGAUUGAAUUUUUGCUGCCUAAAAUAAUAGUCGAAGAAAAUGAGGAACUAGGAUUAACAUUAGAACUAUCAUGCUGAUUAAUUUGAUCCAUAUAUGUAGAAUUUAUUUUUAAAGCUACUUAAUUAUUAGCAAAGAUUUUAUUAUAAUUUUUUGUGACAAUUGUUCGAAUAAGGAACUAGUUAUAUUGAUAAAAUGAUUUGCUCUUCCUUCCUCAAAGAUAUAUUUUAAAGAUAUAACAAUAUAUAGAAUAAGUAUACUUUCAUUGCAGUCAUAAUAUAAAAUAUGACGUAAUAUGGUAAUUUAUACAGAAAAUUUUGACUUUUAGAUACUAAUACAGUAAUACAUUUCUGUAUUUGAUCAGACAUAUUAAUUAUCAAAAAUAAUUAUCGGUGUAUUUUCCAAAUUCCAAUAAAUAAAACCAAGUAACCAAAUCAUUGUGGAUUAAAUUAAGAUAUAAGUUAAUACAAAGUUUUAAAGUCUAGAAUUUCAAUGAAAAAUGAUCUAGUAUUCAACAAUGGUAAGCUUUCUGUAUGUUUCUUGCAGAACUCACUAUAAUGGAUAUACAUAUAUAUCACUUUGUAGUAUCAUUAUCAAGUGUAGCGAACACGAACCGCGUGGUUCCGGCAACACAUUGUUGUGAUCGAUGUGUCAAAAACUUUCAUGUUCAGCGUUUCAAGUAACAACGAAUUCAAUCGAACGUUUUUAGUAAUAUUUUACAUUUGGUGUAUAUGAAUAUCAUAUUUGUCUCUUGAUAAUUUAUUUGUAUGUUGUUGGAAUUUUAAUAUAACCUCUGUAGUUCAUAAGUUAGUAAGAAUUAUGGAGAUAAACCCAUUAAGUAUAAUUCUUGUAAAAAGUGAUAGCAAGGGUGACAGACUACUAUUUCGUUACCCAUACGUAGCAAAAUAUACACGAGAUUCUAAUCAGUGUACUAAAAGGAAGAAUCCUUAUUCUUUGACUAUCACAGAAGAUUUGUUGCAGUCCUUACCUUUUCUGACUUCUAAUAUAAGUAAUGGAAACUUAACUGGAGUAACCGAUGAAGUCCUGUCAACGUUAUUCGCUGUUAAACCAGAAUUAUGCGAACAAAAAUUUGAAUUAAAAGUGAACGACGUUCGCUUUGUUGGACAUCCAACUUUAGUUCCAUCUCGUGGAUUAAAGGAAGUUAAUUCUUCUAUGCUUUUCAAUAUAGUCUUUGCUCUCCAAGCACAAGCAAGUCAUUCUAUAGUAAAAUGUUAUUACGAUUUGAGUAGAAGAUUAGGCAUAGCUUUGAGGCACGAAGAAAAGAGAUGUGGAUUCGUAAUGGAAGAAAUAAAAAUGAUGGUUUCGACUCAUGAUGAAGUUGCUACUAGAUCAGAAGGUGAAAGUGACUGCGAUGAAUCACCCUAUGAAUUAAUAUUACAAAGAAGUUUGCUCGCACGUGACUUAAAGUCUGUAUUUAGUAGCCUCAGCACUUCUGGUAUAAUUAACAUUAUGAUUAAUAAAUGGAUUCAAGUACGUUUUUGUCUCCCACAAAAAGUUCAUCAAUCUCAUAAGAAAGGAUUUGUUAUUAAUCCUGAAAUAAUAGACAGGUGUUUGAAUAGCUUAAGACCCUAUCAUGGUUUGCUGUUACUUAUCGAACCUCUACAUUUAUUGGACACACUUCCGAUAGAUUCUUCUCCAGCAUUGAAACGUCUUAUUCAAAUGUAUAGUCCACUAAAAAGUCUACAAACUUUAGCUGCUGAUUCUGAUCUUACGCUUACUCAAGUUUUUCAAUUAACUGGUCAUUUAGUAUAUUGGGCCAAAGCUACUAUAAUUUAUCCUCUUUGUGAAAGCAAUGUUUACGUUGUAUCACCGGAUGCUGUCAUAACAAAUCAAUUAUUAGAAGCAUUUUCUGAUGAAUUUCCAGGACUCUGUCUUUUGCAAGUUAUUAGCGAUUUUUCGUUACCAACAUCAAUAAGUCAAAAAUUAAAUCCUUUGAAUCAAUCGCAGCAACAAACACAAUUAGUGAAAAUAGUUAUAUGGUUGUUAAAAAAUCAUUUACUUUUACAAUUGCAUACAUAUGUACAGUACAUGCCAACUGUGCAUGGCCGAGCACUACUGGAUACAAAGGAUGAAAUGAAUCACAAUAUAAAUGAAAUGACAGAAAGUAGCAACACGUUGAAUUUGAAUGAUGCUCCCAAAGGAAUCCCAACCAAUAUCAAAGAAGAGUUAUCGAUGAAUCUUCACAAAGAAAAUGGAAUCUAUAAUUAUCAAUCUGAAGAUUAUGAUAUUCCUUCUGAUGAUAGGAAAUUGCUUGAGAGAUUAUGUCGUAUUGGUUACUUCAACGGAGGACAUCAUUUGGAAGAAAUUAUGUACUUGGAAAAUAUUCGCAGGUCUCAAUUGUUACAAAUUUUAGAUAAAUUUCGAGAUGUAUUGAUCACGUCUGAAUGUGAAGAUCCUGCUAUAGCCCUAUUUUAUAGUCAAUUUGAUUCGUAAUAUUUUAAUUUUAGUUUUAUCAUUAAAUUGUGUGUAAAUUAUAUUUUGUAAAUAUUAAUUUAAAAAAUUAGGACAUUGUAUAAAAAAAAUUAAAAGUUUAAGUCGUAUUGGAUUAAACUGAAGAAAUUCGAGUUUGA